AUGGAGGAGCUGAGCAGCGUGGGAGAGCAGGUCUUCGCCGCCGAGUGCAUCCUCAGCAAGCGGCUCCGCAAGGGCAAGCUGGAGUACCUGGUGAAGUGGCGAGGCUGGUCCUCCAAGCACAACAGCUGGGAACCUGAAGAGAACAUUCUUGAUCCAAGGCUCCUCCUCGCUUUCCAAAAGAAGGAACACGAAAAAGAGGUGCAGAACCGGAAGAGAGGCAAACGACCCAGAGGCAGGCCCCGGAAACUUCUGUUUUGUAGCACAUGCUCCCUAAAUCGUUCUAAGGCAGAGGAACCAGAGAUGCCUCCAAAAACUAAAUCAAGUAGUUCCUCUUCCUCAACAUCCUCCUCUUCUUCUUCCUCUGAAGAAGAGGAUGAAAGUGACCUGGAAGCAAAGAGAGGUCCUCGAGGCAGAGAGACUCACCCAGUACCUCAGAAGAAAGCCCAGAUCCUGGUUGCAAAGCCAGAAAUGAAAGACACUUCCAGAAAGAAGCGUGGACGGAAACCUCUUCCCCCAGAGCAGAAAGCAGCUCGACGGACUGUGAACCUGACAAAGGUGCUAAAAACAUCCAGGAAGGAGGCAGGAGGCAGUGCCAAAUUGAUGGGGAAACUGCAGCCCCAGCACAGCGCACAGGGCUCAGGGAUUGCCAUGCUGAAGGAAGCCCCAGGCACUCUGGCCGGACUGAGCUCUGCGUCCUCUGCGGAAAACCUUCCCAACAUGAUGAAGAGUGGUUCCACGAGCCCAAGCCGGGCCAUCAGCUGGCAGAGCUCUAUCGUGCACUACAUGAACAGGAUGUCCCAAAACCAGAACUCAGCAGAGACCUCACCUUUGGGCAGGCUGGCCCUGAAGUCACAGGCAUCAAAUAAGAGUGGCUUAGGGUUGGACUUAAAAAUGAGGAACCAGAAAGUAUCUGGGGAGCUCGGACUGAACAUACAGGGACCCAAAACUGCUAAGGGUCCUAGCAGCAGUGCUGGGGGGGACCAGAAAUCAGGGUUUGCUGCAGGAGCCCAGAUACUACACAAUGGCAGCAAGACUCCUGUGAAUUCAUCUGUUCCUGGUAGCCAGUUGGCAUCCAGUCAGGAGUUGAACCUUCAAGCUUUAAACUUGCAGAGUGUCAAAAAUGGGCAGAAUCCAGCAGGCGGAAGCAGCCUCUCUCGUCAUGUUUGCAACGCUCUGUCCAAAAGCUCCGGCAGCACAGCUGCGAGCACGGGUGCUGCCAUCGGGAAGGGUGGUGGAGCGGGUUCCGGAUUGAAUGUUACAAGCACCGGAGUGCUCUCAGGGGGGGACAGCUGCAAGAGUGACAAGCAAGCGCACAGGGCAGCCGCUGGCGAAAGAGACUCGACCAAAAGUGGUGCAGCUGGUAUGCAAGAGGGGCACGCAACCUCAGAGAACCGCAAGCCAGGAGCCCUUUCUGAAAUGAGCACAGGGGAAGAGACCAGCUCAGACUCCGAUCGGGAUUCUGCGUCCUUCCCUGGUGUAGGUCAGAACAUGUCUGUUUCGAUCCAGACCAGCCAAGACUGGAAACCCACCCGCAGCCUCAUCGAGCACGUCUUUGUCACAGAUGUCACAGCUAACCUGAUCACAGUGACAGUCAAGGAGUCCCCUACCAGCGUGGGGUUUUUCAACCUACGGCAAUACUGA